GUCGCCGCCCCCUGAGGGUCGUGCGGGCGGCGCCUCCGCGGUGUCGAGACCGAGCCCUUGGUCCGGGCGCUCUUCCCAGCUGCCGCCGGCCACAGUGGCCGAGAGAAGUUGAGGUCGGACCGGACGCGUGCAGGGCCCCAGAAGAACCGGCCCCUUGCGCCCCGCCAAUCCGGGGGCUCCGCACCGGAUUUCCACAUUCAUAGGAUGGCUGAACAUUAAUGGAAAGAGAAGCAUAAACCUAUCUUCUUUCACUAUGGAGGCAGGUUUGACAGAUGGAGAACCUGAUCAAACUUCGAUCUUGCCAUAUUCAGAAGUUGCUGAAGUUCAAGAGACACUUCUUGGUGAUAGCAAAGAUGUCCUUGGCCCAUCAACAAACAGUGAAGAAUCUCAACUUCUGACACCAGGAAAGAUGAGUCAGCGCCAAGGGAAAGAAGCUUCUCCAACUCUAACCAGAGAUUUAUAUCAGCCAUCUUUUAGUCCAGCAAGCCCUCAUAGCCAGGGUUUUGAAAGAGGAAGGGAAGACAUUCUUCAAAAUAAAGAUGAUUCUUCACUUUCUAUGUCAAAGAGCAAGUCUGAAUCUAAACUUUAUAAUGGCUCGGAGAAGGACAGUACAGCUUCAAGCAAGCUCACAAAAAAAGAAUCUCUCAAGGUGCAAAAGAAAAAUUACCGAGAAGAAAAGAAAAGAGCCACAAAGGAGUUACUUAGUUCAAUCACAGAUCCUUCUGUUAUUGUCAUGGCUGAUUGGUUGAAGAUUCGUGGUACCCUAAAGAGCUGGACCAAGUUGUGGUGUGUAUUGAAACCAGGGGUGCUACUGAUCUAUAAAACCCAAAAAAAUGGUCAGUGGGUAGGAACAGUCCUUCUGAAUGCCUGCGAAAUCAUUGAGCGUCCAUCAAAAAAGGAUGGCUUUUGUUUCAAACUCUUUCAUCCUUUGGAGCAGUCUAUUUGGGCAGUAAAGGGUCCAAAAGGUGAAGCAGUUGGAUCCAUAACUCAGCCCUUACCUAGCAGUUACUUGAUCAUCCGAGCUACUUCGGAGUCAGAUGGAAGGUGCUGGAUGGAUGCUUUGGAGUUGGCUUUGAAAUGUUCUAGUCUUCUUAAACGUACAAUGCUCAGGGAAGGAAAGGAACAUGACCUGAGCAUUGCGUCAGAGAACACACAUGUGACUUUGUAUGGCUUAUUACGUGCUAACAAUCUCCACAGUGGUGACAACUUCCAGUUAAAUGAUAGUGAAAUUGAACGACAGCAUUUUAAGGACCAAGAUAUGUAUUCUGAUAAAUCCGAUAAAGAAAAUGAUCCAGAGCAUGAUGAGUCUGACAAUGAGGUGAUGGGGAAAAGUGAAGAAAGUGACACAGAUACAUCAGAAAGGCAAGAUGACUCAUAUAUUGAACCUGAACCCAUUGAGCCUCUAAAGGAGACCACUUACUCUGAACAGAGCCAUGAGGAACUUGGAGAGGCAGGUGAGGCUUCUCAAACAGAAACUGUGUCUGAAGAAAACAAAAGCCUUAUCUGGACACUGCUGAAACAAGUCCGUCCUGGCAUGGACCUGUCCAGGGUGGUUCUGCCUACAUUUAUUUUGGAACCUCGUUCUUUCCUGGAUAAACUUUCAGAUUACUACUAUCAUGCAGAUUUCCUAUCUGAGGCUGCUCUUGAAGAAAAUCCUUAUUUCCGCUUGAAGAAAGUAGUGAAAUGGUAUUUGUCAGGAUUUUAUAAAAAACCAAAGGGACUGAAGAAACCUUAUAACCCUAUACUUGGUGAGACUUUCCGUUGUUUGUGGAUUCAUCCCAGAACAAACAGCAAAACUUUUUACAUUGCUGAACAGGUGUCCCAUCAUCCACCAAUAUCUGCCUUUUAUGUUAGUAACCGAAAAGAUGGAUUUUGCCUUAGUGGCAGUAUCCUGGCUAAGUCCAAGUUCUAUGGAAACUCAUUAUCUGCAAUACUAGAUGGAGAAGCACGAUUAACUUUCUUGAAUAGAGGUGAAGAUUAUGUAAUGACAAUGCCAUAUGCUCAUUGUAAAGGAAUUCUUUAUGGCACAAUGACACUGGAGCUUGGUGGAACAGUCAAUAUUACAUGUCAAAAAACUGGAUACAGUGCAAUACUUGAAUUUAAACUAAAGCCAUUUCUAGGUAGUAGUGACUGUGUUAAUCAAAUAGCAGGGAAACUUAAACUGGGAAAAGAAGUCUUAGCUACGUUAGAAGGUCAUUGGGAUAGUGAAGUUUUUAUUAAUGACAAAAAGACUGAUAAUUCAGAGGUUUUUUGGAAUCCAACACCAGACAUUAAGCAAUGGAGAUUAAUAAGGCACACUGUAAAAUUUGAAGAGCAGGGAGACUUUGAAUCAGAGAAACUAUGGCAGCGAGUAACUCGAGCCAUAAAUGCAAAAGACCAAACAGAAGCUACUCAAGAGAAGUAUGUUUUAGAGGAAGCUCAAAGACAAUCUGCCAGAGAUCGGAAAACGAAAAAUGAAGAGUGGACUUGCAAGUUAUUUGAACUCGAUCCACUCACAGGAGAAUGGCAUUACAAGUUUGCAGAUACUCGACCAUGGGACCCUCUUAAUGAUAUGAUACAGUUCGAAAAAGAUGGUGUUGUCCAGACUAAAGUGAAACAUCGCACUCCAAUGGUUAGUGUCCCAAAAAUGAAACAUAAGCCAACCAGGCAACAGAAGAAAGUGGCAAAAGGCUAUUCGUCCCCAGAACCUGAUAUCCAGGACUCAUCUGGAAGUGAAGCUCAAUCAGUAAAACCAAGUGCAAGAAGAAAGAAAGGGAUAGAACUGGGAGACAUUCAAAAUUCCAUCGAAUCUAUAAAACAAACACAGGAAGAAAUUAAAAGACAUAUUAUGGCUCUUCGAAAUCAUUUAGUUUCAAGCGCACCUGCCACAGAUUUUCUUCAACAAAAAGACUACUUCAUCAUUUUCCUCCUGAUUUUGCUUCAAGUCGUAAUAAACUUCAUGUUUAAGUAGUUCUUUACAGUGAAUCAAUGAACUGGAAUGAUCAGAUUCAGCCUGGACCACUGUUCAAGUUGUUUAGAUUUUAUUAAAACAUCACAAUAUUUCCGAAACAAAACCUUAGAGAUAAAUGCAGAGGUGUUGACCUUUCAUACCUUUUAUCCUUAACCUGAAACAAGAGCUAUUCUACUUGGUCAUUAAAGUGAGCUAUAUGUUAAGUGCCAGAGCAUUUCUAGCUUUUGUGAGAAUGUGUCUACAUGUGAGUAUAAUAAAUCCACAUGUAUACAUAAUUGUGUCUUAUGUAUACCUGAUAGUAAGUAGUCUUUGUAUUCUAUAGUAUGUUCUGAGAUACAGCACUAAUGGUCAUAGCAAAAAUGUUAUCAAUAUAAUAAAUAUAUGUGUAGUAACCUAUUUUCUUCAUAACAGGCAUAAACUUUUAUCAAUAAGGAAUUACAAAAUAGGAAAUGAUGGGAUAAUAGACAUAUUAUAAAUAGUUCAAUACACUGUACUGUUUUAAAAAAAUCAUUUCCAAAGCACCCAUCUUAAUUGUCGUCUUAGAAAGAGCAAGAAAAAG